CUUCACUCCAUCACUAGUGGAGAGCAUCCAUGGCGUCUUCUUCUUCCUCUUCGCUCUUCUGCUACCUCUUUCUCUCUGUUCUCUCAGUCUCUUCAGCACUGGCGAGUAAUCCCGGCGGCGGGUGCUUCAUUAACGCAAUCUACAGCUUCGGCGACUCGAUUGCCGACACCGGAAACCUUCUCCGAAUGGGUCCGGGGGGCGUCUUCAAUCCCAUUGGGCAUUUGCCCUAUGGACUUAGCAUGAAGAAGAGAACCCCCACAGGCCGGUGCUCUGAUGGCCUCCUUAUAAUCGAUUAUCUUGCAAUGGCUCUGAAUCUUUCACUGAUCAACCCCUACAUGGAUAAAACAUCAAAAUUUGAUGAUGGAGUCAAUUUCGCCGUCGCUGGAGCUACAGCUCUUGAUGUGCCAUUCUUCAUGUCAAAUGAUGUUAUCAUGCCCUAUGCUGCAAGUUCUAUUGGAAUUCAGCUCAGCUGGUUCAAUACCCAUCUCAGUAGUGUUUGUUCAACAAGGGAAGAAUGUAGUAAGAAGCUUGAGAGGACUCUUUUCUUGCUUGGAGAAAUUGGGGGAAAUGACUACAGCUUUGCAUUCUAUCAAGGGAAAUCAAUCGAAGAUGUUGCAACUUUUGUUCCACAAGUUGUUCAACUCAUAGUAGACGCAGUCAAGCAUGUGAUUGAAGCUGGAGCUGUUCAUAUUAUUGUACCUGGCAAUUUUCCAAUUGGAUGCUUUCCAAGCUUUUUGGUGAAUUAUAAAGGCAAAGGUGCAAAAGUAUAUGACAGAAACAAUUGCAUCAAGGAGCUGAACACAUUUUCACAGGUCCACAACAAGAAACUGCAGAAAGCGCUUGAAAGCUUGGGAGAGGCUUAUCCUCACGCCAACAUUCUCUAUUCUGAUUACUAUCAAGCUUUCAUGAACCUCAUUGACAAGGCUUCCAUUCUUGGUUUUGAUGAAAGCUCAUUACUUAAAUCAUGCUGUGGGGGUGGUGGACAAUACAAUUUUGAUAUAAACAUGAUAUGCGGAAUGCCAGGUGCAUGGCCCUGCUCUGAUCCCUCAAAAUACAUAAGCUGGGAUGGCAUUCACUUGACACAAGCAGCUUAUAAAAACAUGGCCCAAGCUCUGAUUGACAAAUUUAUAUUCCCAACCUCCAAGUUUCAGAAAAUAUGGAAGUGUUGAAAGUAGCAACAUGUAAAUGCAAAAAAGAAGAGUGAAAAUGUAAAAUAAUUUGAAUGAUUUGAAAUGAUGUAAGUAGUGUAUGAGGGAUUAGUUAAAAUCUAUAUUUGCACUAUUUCUAAGGCACAUUUAAUAUUUUUGUGAUGUGUUUUGAUCUCCAAUUUGAUAAUAAUAG